AUGGAUAAUACUCAACACCUUGUUUUCAUCCCCUGGCCAUUGAUGGGCCAUAUACAAAUAGUCGAAUUAGCAAAGCUAAUUAUCGAUCGUGAACCUGGGAUCUCCGUCACAGUCCUCCUUAUGCAGCUGCCGGCGUAUAAAGACACUGUAAGUAGCUCCUUUCUCGACUCUCUCUCGGCCGCCGGAUCCACUAGCGCCACCACUUCCUCUCGUCUCAGUUUUUUGGAGCUUCCGCCGGCAAAUCCUACCCCGGAAUGGAGCUCAAAAACUCGAGGCUAUUUCGUCCAUAACCUUGUACAGAGCCAAAGAUCGAACGUAGAAGAUUUCGUCAAGUCCCACAAGGCAAAAGUUGUUGGGUUUGUAGUUGACAUGUUGGUCACUGGCAUGAUUGAUGUUGCAGAGAAAUUCCAGCUCCCUAGCUAUGUGUUUUUCUCAUCUCCGGCGAGUUUUUUGGGUUCGAUGAUUCAUUUUCAGACCCUUCAGGAUGAGCAAAUGCAGGACGUGACUGAAUUGAAAAACUCGAAUUCACUCGUGUUGAUCCCGACUUUUGAAAAUCCGGUUCCGGCUAAUGUUCUGUCUGAUGUAUUGGUGGACAAGGAUUUCUGGUUGGGCCGGUUCUUGGACUAUGCAAGGGGAUAUAGAAAGGCCAAAGCCGUUAUCGUCAAUACAUGUGAAGAGCUAGAAGCUUUUGCACUCAGCUCCUUCUCACUCUCAGCAGCCUAUGGUAUAUCAGUAGUUCCUCCGGUUUACUCGGUCGGGCCGAUUCUAAACCGAACUCCACACCCGAGGGAUACAGAUGAUUGUAUAAUGAAAUGGCUCGAUGAGCAGACUUCAGGGUCGGUGCUGUUCCUUUGUUUUGGGAGCCAGGGCGGUCUGAGCAAGGACCAAGUUAAAGAGUUGUCUCGUGGGCUUGAGCGGAGUGGCUGUCGUUUCCUUUGGUCUCUUCGUCAGAUAUCAGCAGAGAACAAGAAUGCGGAGUUCCCGAGUGAAUAUUUGGAUUUUGGGGAAGUUUUGCCCGAAGGAUUUCUUGUGCGGACGGCCGGUGUCGGGAAGGUAGUGGGGUGGAUCCCACAGUUGCGUGUGCUCUCGCAUCCUGCAUUGGGUGGGUUCGUCUCGCAUUGUGGAUGGAACUCGGUGUUGGAGAGUAUAUGGUAUGGGGUGCCCAUAGGCACUUGGCCAUUGUAUGCGGAACAAAAGAUGAAUGCAUUUCAACUUGUGAAGGAAUUGGGAUUGGGGGUUGAGGUUUGUUGGGAUGAUGAGCCUAUUGUUACAGCAGAUGAAAUAGAAAGAGGGUUAAGGAAAUUGAUGGAAAGUGAGAGUGAAGCAAGAAAGAAGGUCGAAGAGAUGAAGGAGAAGAUUAGGAUGAGUAUGGAGAAAGAUGGAUCCUCGUAUAGGUCUCUUGGUCGACUCGUCCACCACAUUAUGACGAAUCAGACCAAUUGA